GUGCUGAUCCUGUCUCCUUUUGCUGGGGCUGGGGAAACAAUGCACGAGGCCCUGCUCGUUAAUCCCUAUGAAUUGGAUGAUGUGGCUGAUACCCUCCAUCGAGCUCUCACCAUGCCCAUUGAUGAGCGGGAGAUGCGUAUGUAUCACCUGAAGAAGAGAGAGCAGACCAUGAAUGUGGAUUUCUGGCUCACAUCCUUCCUCAAGGAGCAGGAGUAG